AUGUUGCUCACUCUCUCCAAGCCUCCCAAGUCGGAAUUCGAAUUUAAAACUCCCCAUGAUUACUCUCCGCCCUUCACAUCUUCCGCACCGCGAUUCUCCCCCAAGCUGCCCGGUGGCCUUUUCAGAUCACUGCCGGCCAGUGCUCCCUCCACCAUGGGCACGCCUCAUCGAGGCCUCCCGCCUCCCGCGGCAAUGACGAUGCAAGAUCCAGGCCGAGGACCACCGCCAUUGCCUCCGUCCAUGGGUUCCAUGCCCGCCCCGCCCUCGCAGUGGCAAGGAGCCGAGGAGUCGAUGCGGAACUGGCUCGUGGCCAAAGCCGAGGAGGACAAGCGGAAGCAAGAGGAGGAGAAGACGCGGCAGGAGGGGCUGCGGCUGGAGCAGCGCAAGAUUGAGCAGUCCAUGUUGCAGGAGUCGCUCGCACGGGGGAUCCCACCGAAUCUCGUGCCCAUGAUCUUUGCGGGCAUCAGUGGCAGCAACCUCGCCAACAUGAGCCUCGACUGGCUGCAGCAGUACGUGGCCCAGCUCCAGGCGGCACAGCAACAGCAGCAGCAGCAGGCCCUCGCCCAGGCACAGGUCUCACCAGAACUGCGGCGAGAGACGAGGUUAAUCGGCCAAACUCAACCGGGUGUGUACGGCGUCGCGCCACAGGGCUCACAGCCAGUUCUCUCCGCAACGUCGGUGCUACCUGGACAGCCGCUGGCUGCACAACCACAGCACGGCGCCUUCUCGACUUCGGCAGCGCGGGCAGCGCAGACAUCAGGCCAUGUUGGUGCGCCGACGUCAGCUCCACGACCGCCAGCACAGUCACAGCUUCCCAGGCUCACCACCAACGAGAUGCAAAUCCAGCAGCCUCCUUCAGCGCCGCUGGGCGUGCACGCACUACAACAGCAGUCGCAGCCCUCACAGGAGACGUCUUCGCCCUCCAUCUACUUCCACCACUGGGUGCCACCAACGUCCCAAAGCGGGGGCACUGAGCGAAGAGAGGCUCCUGCCACGCCUUCAGGUAAACACCACGCCUCAUUUUCGCACCAUCAACAUGCAGCCUCUCAUGCCUCUGACGCAGAUUACACCAGCUCGCCGAAGAAACGGAAAGCGGUGGGCGGCCACCAGCAGGCCCCGCCCCCCUCCUCGACGCCCCAGUACACAUCGCCAUCCUUUUCGCAGAUCUCGUCUUCCGCAUCCACGCCAGCCCGACGCGGGCACGGACGAGCUCGUAGCGAUGCCUCAACACGCGGGUACGAUGCUGGAGGGCCACUAAGCCGUCGGGCAACGAUAUCGAGUCAAGCUCUUCCAGAGGGCAUUGCGCCACCAGUGGAGCACGGCGGACCAGAACAGCGCCAGCCGCAGCCAUCGCGUGGGCCAGAAAGUCAACAACAACAGCAGCAAGGCCACCCGCUGCAGCACCAGUAUCAAGCCCACGAGCAGCAUCGAAAUGAGGGCAGCAGUGGCAUGCAAGGGACAAGUCAAGGUGAAACGCGGCAAUCUCAGCAUCAGCAUUCGGUAGGGCCGGAACGAAGGUCGGCGCCCGGGUCGCCGAAACGGGAAGCGGGUGCGCAGUAG